AUGCUUUCCAAGUCUCCGUCGACCAUGGUAAAGGCUGGAUACAAGAAGAUCCAGGAUACCUGCAAAAUGGCACAUUCGAGGGGUCAGCAAUGGGCCUGGGUUGACACCUGUUGCAUCGACAAGUCAAGCAGCGCCGAACUCACUGAGAGCAUCAACUCCAUGUACCGCUGGUACCAAAAUGCCUAUGAAUGCUACGCCUAUCUUGUCGAUUUCGCCCCCGGAUCGCUGCCGCAAUAUGAACUUGAGAAAUGCCGCUGGUUCACACGAGGGUUCACUUUGCAGGAACUCAUUGCGCCCAGGACUGUGAUAUUCUUUGACAGAGACUGGAACGUGAUUGGGGGGAAAAGGGACAAGGGUAUUCUCGGCACUAUCGUCCGCACCACGGGUAUUUCAGAUACCAUUCUUUCUGGUUCUUGGCCAGUGGGUGACUUUGCAAUUGCCGAGCGGAUGCUCUGGGCUUCGUCUCGCGAAACGACCCGCCCUGAAGAUAAAGCUUACUGUCUGCUCGGCAUAUUCGAGGUGAACAUGCCCCUCAUAUACGGAGAAGGUGACAAUGCCUUCCGCAGACUCCAAGAGGAGAUCAUCAAGCGUAGUAACGAUCUAUCAAUCUUCGCCUGGGGCACACCUCUCAACUUUGAAUCUACCAAGGAGGAAAGCGUAACGGAGCGUCGGUAUUUGGGACUUCUUGCCCGAUCACCAGCAGACUUUGGGGCAACA